CGCGGCUCCUCCCCCUUCUCCUCCGUCGUCUGCUCCCGGCGAGGUUUCGCCGCCGCUUCUCUCUGACGUUGCCGCGGACGGGCCUCAGCCAUGGUGUUGGGCGUUCAGCAAGUGGUCGGGUACCUGGCUCUGUGGGCCUUCUGCGCUCAGAGCAAGCCCACGGAGAAGAAGGACCGCGUCCACCACGAUGCUCAGCUGAGCGACAAGGUCCACGAUGACGGCCAGAACUUUGAUUACGACCACGACGCCUUCCUGGGGGUUGAUGAUGCCAAGACUUUUGACCAGCUGACCCCAGAGGAGAGCAAAGAGAGAUUGGGCGCGAUUGUGAGCAAAAUAGACACGGAUAAGGAUGGGUUUGUGACGGAGGGGGAGCUGAAGGACUGGAUUAAGAAGGCGCAGAAGAAGUACGUCUCUGAGAACGUAGCGCGCCAGUGGCAGGAGUAUGACUUGAAUCAAGAUGGCUUCAUCUCCUGGGAGGAGUACAGGAAUGUCACCUAUGGCACUUACCUGGACGAUCCGGACCCCGACGAUGGCUUCAAUUACAAGCAGAUGAUGGUGAGGGAUGAACGGCGCUUCAAAAUGGCCGACCAGGACGGAGACCUGGUGGCAACCAAGGAGGAAUUCACCGCUUUCUUGCACCCCGAAGAAUAUGACUACAUGAAGGACAUCGUCGUGCAGGAAACCAUGGAGGAUAUCGAUAAGAAUGGAGACGGCUUCAUUAAUUUGGAGGAAUACAUAGGUGACAUGUACAGCCACGACGGCAACACGGAGGAACCCGAGUGGGUCAAAACGGAACGGGAACAAUUCAUGGAGUUCCGGGACAAGAACCACGACGGGAAGAUGGACAAGGAAGAGACCAAAGACUGGAUCCUGCCCUCCGAUUACGACCACGCCGAGGCCGAAGCGCGGCACCUGGUUUACGAGUCGGAUAAGGACAAGGACGGCAAGCUCACCCGAGAAGAAAUUGUGGACAAGUACGACCUGUUUGUGGGCAGCCAGGCCACGGACUUCGGGGAAGCUUUAGUACGGCACGACGAAUUCUGAACCACCAGUCUCCUUUUUUUUAAAGGAAGAAGUGUUUUUCGGGGUGGGGCGGGGAGUGUCGUUUUUACCGUUUCAGGAUUAACACAAGAAAGGCUCACUAUCAAGACUCCGUUUCAGCCGAGAAUUUGGAGAGGGGGAGGGAGGAGAACCGGCCACCCCCUCCCCAAUUGAUCCCAUCCUCCUUGCUUCCCCUCCCCUCCCCUCCCUUGACUUCCCUCCCUUCCAAGGUGGGAGGUCGGUAUUCUGAGAGAUCACGGUUCUGGUUGAAACCCCAAAAGUUUUUCCUUUUUGGUUUUUUUAAAUAGAUUUGCAUGUUCUUUUUAUGUCUAACAAGUUCAGUUUUAUUUUUGUAUUUUAUUUUUUUUUGGUUCCGUGUGAAAAGAAGAACGCAUUAAGCCAAUUGGGGGGGGGCACAGCCCUGUCCCCCACUUUUUUUUUUUUAAAGAGUCAGGUUUUUUUUAAAAAAAAUCCACAAAGUCAGAAAGCCGGAGAACAAGACACAGCCGAGAGGGGUGAGAUCUACACUCAAAAGACCUCCCCCCACAUGUUUUUUCAUCUUCCAAGAAGCCGACAAGAGAAUUUGGGGAGGGGGGCGGCGUUUAGCUUCUCUGCCUCCGGGCGGGAGGUUCCCCCCCGCCUCGAAGGCUGCAAAAAAUCUCGACUUUAAAAAUAUCUGGCGUCUCCUUCGCUUACGACAUCCGAAGAUCCUCCGGAGUGCUGCCCCCCCGUGCCUCAGUUUCCCCAGCAUCCUUCAAACGGCAUCCUUUGCAAGAGCUGUGCGGUCGGCGAUGGUGCGAGCCACGGGUUCAGGAUUUCACCCGGGACUCUUCGUUAAAUAAUAUUCAAGCUUUGGUGAUCUCUGCUUGGUGUCCGCUCCGGGCUUAAAAAACAGGAGAUGUCGAAGAGGCGAGGUUGAAUUGGGUCCGUCCCGGGUCGAAGUAGCCAGCCGAGCUUCUCCUCCCAGACCGUCAUUUGUUAAUGUAGAGUAGGGGGCAAACCCUCAAUUGGGUCUUUAGAAGGAGAAAAGGGGGGGCGACGGGCAGCUUUAAGGGCGAUGGGAUAUUCUGCAUUUUUGAAGUGCCUUUUUUGUUAAAAAGCAGUUGGCCCAAGGAAUCCAGGCCCAAACUUACUCCUAAAACAAAUGCAGAAAUUUAACACACCUCUCUUCCUUCUGUGUUUUCUGCCAGCCACGUGGCCCACGGGGAAGGGGUGGGCGAAUACGAAGAGACCCCCCCCAUCAGACCCCUAAUCUGUCCGGGUAAAUCCUUCCCCUCGCCGGAGAAGUCAAAUCUGGCCCUCUCUCCCGUGCUUUGAUUUUUGGAAACGACCCCAUCUCAUUUCCCCAUAUUUGCCAAGAGAAAUAAAUUAUCUUGAUGUUACGGCCACCUUUCCUUAAACUCCCCCCCCCCCCCACUUCCCCCAAAAUUGGGGGCAGGUUUGUCGAGAUUGCCGCUUCACAAGUCUGUGGAUUUGCGGGGGGGUUCGUUUCGGCCGGGGGCUCUUCGCUGAAUUCAAAAUCCGUUCCUUUCCCGAACGGGCAGCUCCUCCUGAGCCUUUUGCAAAUGAAAGGAUGCUAUUUUUUUUUUCCUCCCCGCCCUGCAAAAUUCGAGGGUGAACAUUUUGCCAGGUGCACAAGCAAACUUUGCUUUCCUACCUGGCUUCCUAACACUAAUUGUGAAUUUCUUAGCAAGGUUUUCCUGAGUGUGGGAGCAAACCUGAUAGCCAAAAGUAGAAACUUGAAACAGUAUUAUUUCCGUGGUCAUUUUUAAUCCCCUUAGUGCAGUGUUUCUCAACCUUGGAAGCUUGAAGAUGGGUGGACUUCAACUCCCAGAAUCCCCCAGCCAGCAGCGCUGGCUGGGGGAUUCUGGGAGUUGAAGUCCGCCCAUCUUCAAGCUUCCAAGGUUGAGAAACACUGCCUUAGUGCAAUGGGAAGGAAGAGAUUCGUUUUGAUAACACUAAAAGGCCAGCCACGGAUUUGCCACUAGUGCGUGGCACUUGGCUAGCAACUCACCAGCACGCGGCAUCGUCUCGGAUGGCCGUUGGCUGCAUCUUUUUCAGGGAAGCAGGUGAGAGGCUGAAGCAGAGCAGGAAAUCAGGUGAAACAGUAGCCCUGCCAGGUGUUUUCUCUACCUGGAAGGUGCCCCUUGAUAGAGAUCCUGGCUUCUCGUGGUCGUUUUAUUUUUGCAAUCGUGGCUCAGAGCGCCUGAUGAAACUCGGUUUAGCAAAUUUGCAUGGCUUGUGAAAAGGGCCCGUUACUACUCCAGAGGGGGUUAAGCUCAGCUUUGAAAAGUGAAGAACCUCCCCCCCCAAUCUGGGUUUCAGUGCCGGUGGUGAAAGGAAGGAAGGAAAAGAGAGAAGGAAAGAGAAAAAGAAAGAGAAAAUACUUCCCUCUCUCUCCAUCCCAAUUCUUCAUCGCCAAUCUUUGAGAAGGCUUUUCUUAUACAGCAUCCGUGGAGUUUUAUAUAAUGUACAACACACAAAUGGUGUCUUAAUAAAACUGUUUACAUCCUC